GACACUGGAAUGACUGAGGUUUUUUUGUCUUUGUUUUCCUCUCUUCCAUUUCGUUUCUUCUUCGUUCCUUCAUACACCGCUGCCCUCUUCCAAACCUCUCUCUCAGUCUCAACCAUCACGUUACGCCUCUCUGCCGCCGCUCUUCUCUCAGCCUCUCUCAGUCGCCGCCGUCACGCAGAGCUCAAACUUAAAACUCCCAAACAGCAAAUCAGGAAAGAACGCUACCCAGACAAAUCGUUUUAUACAGUAAGGCGCAAAAUGUUUGGUAUUUCGUACGGAGAGCUCUUCCUCUUGAUCGGAGCUACAGCUGCUCUAGUCGGACCGAAGGAUUUGCCUAGAAUUGCUAGAACAGCAGGGAGGUUAGCGGGUCGGUCAAUCGGGUAUGUUCAGUUAGCUAGAGGCCAAUUCGAUAAUGUUAUGCAGCAGUCUCAAGCCCGCCAGGUUCAUAAAGAACUUCAAGAUGCACUUGCACAACUAGAGUCGAUUCGUUAUGAAGUCCGGAGUAUAUCACUUAUGAAUCCCGGUCCUAUGGCUCGAAGGCUGAUGGAUAAUCCUCAAGACCCGGCUCCUCUGAGUGAUGGGGCCAACAGUUCACUUGAGAAGCCUAAGGAGGAGCUGAAGUCAAGAAAUACUGUGGCGAAGGAUGAUACUUUCAGAACCUCAGACUCACCUAAUUUGCAUAGUCAAGCAACUGCGUAUGCAAAGUUGGCUGAAUCUGAGGCUGUGAAGACUGGCUCUUUGAAGAGCAGUGCAGAACAAGAAAACCUUAAAGAUGAAAGUGGUCUUUUCACUGUCCUCCCAAUUUCAGCUGAAAGCACUGGGAUGCUACCAAAUCGCAAAGAGAAUGUUAAGGGAUCAGACAUUGUGUUGGAAGCAAUAGCUGAAGCAGAGGUAGCACGUAAUGCCAAAGAUUUCUUUUCACAGCCCGAAAACCAAAUACAGUGAACUGGAAAGGUGGUGUUUGAUUCAAAGGAAUUAACUGCAAUGGAAUGCAAUCAUUGCUAUUGAAAGCUCCAUUACAAUGUUCGUUUUGGCAAUAUGACUCUUGAAAGCCCAUUCCUAUAACUGUUGACCAUUUCCAAAAUAAAAUGGGUGGAAAGCCCGUUCGAACAUGACGCCCAUUGGAUGAAACCAAUCUACAGAAUGAUAUUAGUUUCUAGAUUUGAGUCUAUAAUUCUUGUUCUGUUGCAGAUAAGUCUUUGAUCAAGCAUGUAUAUCAUCCCUGUAAAGAACACCAACAUGGCAAUAUCAUAUCGAGUUAUUAAUGCAAUCUACAAAUUUGACAUUCCUAUGUAGAAAUAAUGAAGGUAUUGUAAACUGUAAUGUGAUAUGAUUUGUCGCAUUUUAUGGCUAUGAUCUGUUUCUGAAUGCCUUUUAUCUUAUUCCUUGGAUUUUUUAGAGGUAAAAAUGUCCAAGUUCAUUUGCUUUUCCUGUCAAGAUUUAGAGGUCAAAAUGUCCACCCUCGUUGUCCGUACCUCUCUAACCUCUCUCCUCCCAUUUUCUUAAGUUGCAAUGCAAUUUCUCAUCCCUAAUCGAACUUCCAUCUUUAA